CGGGAGCGGCGCAGUCGCCCAGCAGUCCAGGAAGCGUCUGGAUUAGUGGAGAGGGGAGCGGGAGCGGUGAGUUCCUUAACGCCAUGGACAGAAUCAUUAAAGAUGUUGGGGACAUUCAGUCCAGGCUGUUUGAUCACAAGCCGGUCCUCCAAGGGGAGAUUCGCUACUUCAUUAGAGAAUUUGAGGAGAAGCGAGGCCUGCGGGAGAAGCGGCUGCUGGACAACGUGAACAGUAUGGUUAGUGAAGUCGGCGGCCGAGGCCUUCCUGAGCUACAGGACAGCAUGCAGAGCGGCACCAGUGCGGUUUUCAUGAGACUGGAAGCCGCCAAUCACAUGGCUCAGAGGAUCCUCCAGAGGGACUCGGUCAAAGAGCAGAGUGACGGUCUGCCGGCGAGCAGAGAGAAGUACCAAAGCGAAUGGGAGGAAUUCAUGAAGGAGCAGACGCGCAGGAAGGAGGAGGUCGAUGAGGAGCAUGCCAAGGCCGUGUCCCGGCUCAGUGCCCACUACGGCGAGCUGGAGAGGGACUUGGCUAAGUUCACCACCUUCUGAUCUCUGAACUGUCACCGCUGAGACGUCACUCGAGUGCAGCGAUCCAAACGGCAGCACUGAUUUGUUAGGUAACAGUGAGGAGAGGAAGCCUAAAAAUGUACCCGGUGGACGCAGGAUGCCAAUAAAGAGAGGACUGAGGUGUGAUG